CCUUCUCUCUGAGAAAGAGGGAGAGAGGAUUUCGUAUUUCCAGCGACAUUUGUGCCGUGAUUUCUCAUCUCUAGAAACGGUUUCAAACCUGAUUUCGAUCGGCAAAGGGUCUAGCUUUGACUGGAAUUCCAUCUGUCGGCUUCGGAUUCUCGAAGAUUCAUCUCUUUUCCUGGUAAUUCAACGAAGGAGAUGAUCUGGACUACGAUUCUUCUCGAGCCCUUUGGAUCUCUGUCUCUCGCCAGGAUUAUCAAAGGAAAUCCACAUCCAAUAGAUCGUUGAGAUUUCCCGGUUUCUGAUGAUUUUUUUGACUCCCCAGAUCAGUUAUUUGGUCGGAUUCUCAUACGAUCUGGGAAGAUUUUUGGCCAGCAUCAAGGUCGGUUGAUCUGAUCGGGUGAAUUUCGAGCAGGCGCGACUGGAUUUGAGGAUUUCGCGAGUUCUUUUGGUGUAUUCGUUGGAAUCUGAGAAAACAAGAAGUCCCUGUUAUUCAUCUUCCCUUCUCUGCAAUGGGUUGCGCGAGCUCCAAGCAAGCGCGCCGCGAUCGGUCGCCAAUCGUGCCUCUGCCACGCAGCUACUCUCUGCCCAUACACCACCACCCCCAGCGAAAAGGUGAAAGCUGCCACGUCGUAGCUCUCACCUCCACCACCUUGGGCACUCUCAAGCUCGACACCUUGGAACAAAACCAUAACCAUAAGGCCAUCAGCAAUGAGGAAGAAGGCCUGGAGCAGGAACAAAACCAUAACCAUAACUCCAUCAGCAAUGAGGAAGAGGGCCUGAAGCAGGAGGCAACGAGGAAAACCGGCGAAAAAUCAGAUUUUUCAACGGAGCUUUCUAUGGCAAGGACAUGGUCGAGCAUGGUUCAUGAGAAAAUUUCCAAAAUCCCCAAAACGCCCACCAGAACCCCGCCAAACGAGCCAGAAACCAUCAACAUGUGGGAGUUGAUGGAGGGCUUGGAAGGAAACAGUCCCCUCCGCUCCUUCUCCUUUCACGCCUUACCUAGCAUGAUGAUUCCCGAACCGGACCCGGACCCGAGACCCGACUCCCCUGGACCGCUCUGGCUUCAGACGACGGCCCCCGGGUCGAUCGUCGCCGACUUCGACCCGGAAAUCAUUUCUAAUUUCAGAAAGGCCCUUGAGGAGCUAUCCCCACCUAAUACCUGCCGGCUCCGAUCCCCCGAACCAGACAAGCCCGGCUUAGCCGUCAACAGCCGGUUUUUCUCCAAGGCCGAGAGUGUGCAAGAAAGGAUCCGUGCCUUCCAGGAGAGGAUCGACGAAGGGCUGGCGAGAAGGGCAAGCAUGUCAUUGCCCACCAAAUGCCCGCCACGUGGCGAGGAGAGGGUUGUUAUUUACUUCACGAGCCUGAGAGGCGUGCGGAAAACGUAUGAGGAUUGCUGCCACGUGCGGCUUAUUUUCAAAGGGAUGGGUGUUCGUGUCGACGAUAGGGAUGUCUCCAUGCACCAGGCUUUCAGAGAGGAGUUGCAUGAGAUGUUUGAAGGGGGUUUUGGGACUCUACCGCGCGUCUUUGUAAAAGGUAGGUACCUAGGUGGGGCGGAGGAGGUGAGGCAAAUGCAUGAGGAGGGGGAGCUGGAGAAGCUUAUGGUAGGAUGUGAGAUGUUGGAAGAAAGUGGAGGCGCGUGUGAGGCAUGUGGGGAUGUGAGGUUUGUGCCUUGUGACACGUGUGAUGGCAGUUGUAAGGUGUAUGUCGAAGAGGAGGAUGAGGAUGGUGGUUUGGUGGGAGGGUUCGAACGCUGCCCUGAUUGUAAUGAAAAUGGCAUCAUCCCAUGCCCUAUUUGUUGUUCUUAGUCAGGGAGAGUUUUGAAUUUUUGUGUUGGUUUUAAUUGUACAGGAAGACAGUGAAUUAGUGUUGGAUGAAGAUGGAAUUUUGAGUUUUUUGAGUCUUUACUUUUUUUGGCUAUGAGAAGCAAAUACGGAGAGAAAAUGUUAAGAUUUUCUGAUUUUUUUUUUUUUUUUUUUUGAAUUUGAUUUAGUAGUUUUUUGUGUGUCUGAUUACAUGUAACAAUUACAUAAUUGAAUCCAGGUUGGUUUAAAUUUUC